GCAGAAAGCAGAAUGGCCUCAUCCUGUCAGGCUGACGAUGAAAGCACUUAUGGUUCUGAUGUCAGCAAUGAGUCAGACAGCACUGAACCAUCAGAUGAGGAAGACAAUGAGGAAGACAAUGAGGAAGACAAUGAGGAAGACAAUGAGGAAGACAAUGAGGAAGACGUUUUACCCUGCAAGUUUUACAACAAAGGAAACUGUAGGGACGGAGAUAGGUGUGCUUACCUACACGUCUGCAAGUAUGCUCUUAAAGGAAACUGUCGUUACGGCUCCAAAUGUAGACUAAACCACCCUGUAAGUCAAGGGGUGUCCUCCAGUGCAAGCAGCAGGACUCCGGAUCGGUCAUCAUCUAGUCGUGACCAGAGGCUUACUGAUGGCCGACGCUACCAGUGGCAGCUCAAUAACGGAAGAGGCUGGAAAGAUGUUGAAAAUGAUCACAUCCUUGAGGCCCAGUAUUCGCUGCCCCACACCAAAAGCAUCAAAAUAUACAACACAUCAUACGGGGCGGUGAGCAUAGACUUUAAAAGGAUGAAAGUUUUUGGGAAGAAAUUGAGAGUGAGACGCCUGGAUGACGGUAACACUGCGUGGAUUUGGUACUGCAUGUUGGGUCGUCAUUGGAUCAAGUAUGGAGCCAAGGAUUCAAAGGGCAUCUGCACUCCUGUGGAGAGCUCUGACAUAGAGGAAAAGUUUCAGAGGAAUCCAACAAGCUCCUUUACUUUUAACAUCAAUGGUGAAACUUUGGAGCUCAAAUUUAAAGAAAUGCGACAGGUGAGUAAAAACAGAAAGAGGAAAGUCACCCGUCGACCUACGUACCGGCAACCACAAGCAGUCGGGGGAGUUUCUCCAGCAACCUCAGGUUUCCAGAAUCUUAGCUUGGGCACUAAGCCACAGUGGGAAUUUGAAGGCGACAGUGGAAGAUGGCACAAGUUCAAACACAGGAAAAGGACUUCCACUGACUGCUCAGUAACCAGUGAUGACAUUGAGAGCAAGUACCAACAAAACAACAAAGACACCAUGCUCUUCACAGUGGCAGGACAAUCCUACAAUCUUGACUUUGGAGCAAUGAUCCAGACCAACGUCAGGACCAAUCACACACGCAGGGUGAGACCUGAAGCCCAGAAACGAAAGUGUAAGCCAUCCGUUUCAGUGAAACUAUCCGCCCGGCUUCGGUCCUCGAUCGCAAUGGAUUUUUAUUAUGAGAUGACGGACAAUAAUGAGGAGCAGCAGUAUCCCCAGAACACCCCAGUCAAUGGGAAGAAUUAUGAGUGGCAGCUGUCAGUUGGCCAUCAGUGGCAGAAAAUUGAAAAUGACCAUGUGAUUGAGACCCACUACUGCCAACCAGGAGCCAAGGGAAUCAGUAUCAAUACAAGCCAUGGGGUGGUGUUCAUAGAUUUUGAUACGUUACAGGCUAAUAAUCCAGGUAUAAAGGUGCAGAGACUAAGCUUCCUUCCUCGGGGACAGACGGAAGACAUAGGCUGGUACUUCAGAGAUGACCAGCUGUGGUGUGAAUAUGGAGCACAGGGUUCCAAAACCAUGUCAUCAUCAGUCAGCAGUAGAGAUGUUGAACAGCAGUUCACCACGAACCCUAAGGGAACCUUCAGAUUUACAGUGGGCCAUACACCCUACUUGAUCGAUUUCUCCACCAUGACGCAGAGAAACCUCAUCACAGGCUUACAAAGGAAGCUGCGCAGGCGUCCAAAAUUAUCCUCCAACACUGGAGCAGUUAGCUUGACCUCAGCCUUGCCUGCAGCUUCCUCCUCGCAGACUGGUUCUGUGGGCUACAGGUGGGAAUUCAUGGGACUCGGAGAGCAAUGGACAGAAUACCAAGCACAUAUAUGUUCAUUUGACAGCGCUGCUAUUGAGAGACAGUACCAGCUGAACAAACAGGGCUCACUAAACUUCAAGAUCAACAGAUAUUCAUACACGCUGGACUUUUCAGGUAUGUACCAAGUCAAUAACGAUUUAGGGAGAAGAAGAUCAGUUAGAAGGACUCCUAUGUAUGGUGUUCAGCAGAACAUCAGUUCAGGCCCUCAGGCACAAUGGCAGUUCCUAGAUAUGGAUGGAUCAUGGAAAGAUUAUUCCAAAGGAAUAUGCAGCACAUCCAGUCAGGAGAUUGAGUUCCAGUACAAACUAAACCCAUCAGGAACUAUGACAUUUUCCACCAGGAACUUUAGCUAUGAGUUAAGCUUCUCAGCCAUGACUCAGAGAAACCUGAGCACGGGCACAACCAGAACGGUGAGAAGACUUAAUCAGUGACUGAGCGGACAACAGAUUUGUAGGUCGGGGGUCAACUUAAUGAUGAUCCUACCAGUUGUGUCACUGCCCACCUCAGGUUGGCUCUCCUGUCAGAAGCUGCCUCCUCCCUUCCUCCUGCCUGAUAGACAUUUACUUUGUCCCCUCUGAAGACACGUUGUUUUUAAUGCAAGCGUUAUAAAUUUUAUUUUUCCACAUUUAAGAUGACUGUUAAGCAGUAAAAUGUAUUUCCUGUAUCAGUUUUCUACAUUUCUGGGUUUAGGGCUGGUUUUAGCAGAUUAUUCCACAUUUAAAUAAGUGGAAUCGUUUACAAAUAAAUCAGUGGGAGGAAAAAAAACUUCAGUUAACUUUAAGCCUUUUGUUAACUUAACUAUGGUUUCAUUAAAUUCAACAUGCUUUCGUAAAUCUUCAAAUAUUCACAAGUUCUUGUAAUGACUGGAAUUUUUAAAAGUUUCCCCUUUUUAUCCUUUGUCCUUAGCAUGCAUGUUUUUAAGAAUUUAUUAAAAGUGCCUUUUAAUCAGUGCACUUUGCUUGUGUUUACUUUCCUUAAUUGAGGUUCCUUACAUUUACAUUCCAAAAUCUAAAUUUGUGUUUUAAAGUCAUCAAAGAAAUAACCACCAUAUAUGGUGUACAGCUGUAUAUAUGUACAAAUCUUCAACCUAAGAGACCAGCACUGUGACACAUAAAACAAAGCCUGUAUUACACAUGCAGGACAGCAGCUGUAUACAAAUAAUCUUGUGGAAGAAUAAGCUUUCAGUUUCUCCUUUGAGCUGCUGCUAGGAUGCAUCCACAUGUUGAUCUAAGUAUAACAAACGUCUACUUGAAGACAUUUUUAAUGUUGCAUGGGGAAAAUGGAGAAAUUAACAGAACACAAAGAUUCAGUUGAACAAUUAAGACUCACAUUAGUAGCAUUUUAUACAAAAAAAGGUAAUGUAAUAAAAGAUAACACAUUUCAAACUGUUUACAACAAUCAUCAUCUGAGGAAUCAGUGUGACAAAGGUCAUUACAAAAAUGCUUAUGUCACAUAGCAUUCUGUAAUAACUUUUCCUCAAAUAUUUUAUAUUCCAUAUUUGUUUUUGGUGUUUAUAGGGAUGGCUCAUUAGCUGUUUACAUAUUUGCAGGAACAUAUCAAUUUAAGGAAGCAGGAAAGACCAGAAAACCAACACACAAUACAGCCUUUGUGCAUUAGCGUAGUAAUAAUAUAUCCUAAUAUAAAUUAUGUAAAUGUUGUAGUGCAGGGGUGUGAACCUUGCGGCCACCCCUACUUACAGCCCGUAUAUAGAUCUUGAAGUUACUUUUUUUGUUAGAGAGGAUUUGCGGGAAAAAACUGCAUUCACGUUUGCAGUUUUGUCUUGUUAUACAAUACUUGAAAUUUUAAAAAAAUUCUCUUUUGGAAAUAUUUGUGGGUGUUUUCUUGUUUGUUUCUUUUAAAGUGGCCCUCCAAUGAGAUGACAGUGCCAACAGUGGCCCACAGCUUACGUUUGAGACCCCUGUUGUAGUGUGUUGCAAUGUUAGAAUAUAAAGCAUCUGCAGAAGGCUGUUACUGUAAAAAUGAAACAAAAAUUAUUUCUGUUCAUCUAUAAACUUAUGUUGACAAAAAGAAUACAUCUACAAUGUGAUGAACCUUACCAUUGCCAUUGUUUCUUCUGCACUUUAAUAAAGAAAUGCCCUAAAAA